CUGAAACCGCUUGGAAUGGAAAAUGGCAACAUUAAGAACAGCCAGAUCACUGCCUCAUCUCAGUGGGAUGGUAACCACGCCGCCAUUCAGGGAAGACUGAACUACAAGAAAAAUGGACCCAAACAGGGAGGUUGGUCAGCUCGCACCAAUGAUCUCAACCAAUGGCUCCAAAUUGAUCUCAUUAACAAGUUUAACGUGGUGACACGAGUUGCAACACAAGGAAGAAAUGCGUAUAACCAGUGGGUGACGAAAUACAUGCUACAGUUCAGCGAUGAUGGAAUACAUUUCCAAUAUUAUCGGGGAGAAGGAAAAGCUUCAUACAUGGAAUUCGCCGGAAACACAGAUCCGAACACUGUUGUUGCUCAUCACUUAAAUCCACCAAUACACGCAGGCUACAUCCGCUUUCUGCCAACAGCUUGGCAUAAACACGUUUCCAUGCGGGUGGAACUUUACGGCUGCAAAGGUAUUUGACGAUGAAAUUUUCUUAAUCUUUGCGAAAAACCUCUGGGCAUGGAAGAUGGACGCAUAGCUAACGGACAGAUCAGUGCCUCGUCAGAGUGGGAUCCCAAUCAUGCUGCCAUCCAAGGCAGGCUGAAUUUUAAGCAACGUGGAGCAAAACAAGGUGCAUGGUCAGCACGUGCAAACAAUGUCAAUCAAUGGCUUCAAGUUGAUCUUGGUUGCCAUCACACCUUAGUGACACGUGUUGCAACACAGGGAAGGAAUAAAUUCAACCAGUGGGUUACAAGAUACAUGUUGCAGUAUAGCAACGAUGGUAUACACUUUCAGUACUACAGAGAACAUGGGCAUCCAAACUAUAAGGUAUUUUCUGGAAACAAAAACCGAGACACGAUUGUUUCUCACCUUCUGAGUUCGCCAAUCGAGGCUCGUUUUCUCCGUAUCCGACCACUGGCCUGGUAUGGGCACAUAUCGAUGAGAGUGGAACUGUACGGAUGUGGAGGAUGCCAAUAUUGUCUCGGCGCCCUCGGUAUGGAAAACCGUGCAAUUUCAAACAGUCAAAUAAGUGCCUCGUCACGGUGGGACGCAAAUCAUGCUGCAAACCAGGCCAGACUCUUUUAUCAGGCAGCUGGAAAAAAACAGGGAGCCUGGUCAGCUCGUGCAAAUGACGCCAACCAAUGGUUACAAGUUCAACUCCCUGGCAUUUUUAAGAUAACAUAUGUAGCCACGCAAGGAAGAAAUGGCGCUGACCAGUGGGUAACAAAAUACAUGUUGCAGCACAGCGACGAUGGAGUUCACUACCAGUACUACAGUGAACACCAAGGAAGUAAGAACAAGGAAUUUAGUGGAAACACUGGCCGCGACACUGUUGUUUAUCACAAGUUAAAUCCAUCAAUCACGGCACGUUACAUCCGUUUUCGGCCUGUUGCUUGGCAUCGCCAUAUAUCUAUGAGAAUGGAAAUCUAUGGGUGUGAAGUAUGCAAUCACGCUCUCGGCAUGGAAGAUCGUGGAAUCUCUAACUGGCAAAUCACCUCGUCAUCUCAGUGGGAUUCAAAUCAUGCUGCCAUACAGGGAAGACUCUUCUUCCAAGCAGCUGGACGUAAGCGAGGGGCCUGGUCAGCUAGAGCAAAUAAUAUUAACCAGUGGCUCCAGAUUGACUUGGGUUGUGGAGACAACAUAGUGACACGUGUUGCGACACAAGGCAGAAAUGCAAUCAACCAGUGGGUUACAAAAUACAUGCUGCAAUACAGCAAUAACGAUGCACAUUUCGAGUACUACAGGGAGCAAGGACGAUCACAAAUCAAGGUAUUUACUGGAAACUCCAACCGGGAUAUUGUUGUUAGUCAUCCAUUGCAUACGCCAAUCGAAGCACGGUACAUCCGCUUUCGCCCAAGAGCAUGGCACGGUCAUAUAUCCAUGAGGGUUGAACUCUAUGGCUGCAAAUCAGGCUUCUCCCCUUCGCCUAAGGUUUCAAAAUGCGAUAAAUCCUUUGGCAUAGAAAAUGGCAAAAUCGAGAACAGCCAGAUCACUGCCUCAUCUCAAUGGGAUGGUAAUCACGCCGCCAUUCAGGGAAGACUGAACUACAAGAAAAAUGGACCCAAACAGGGAGGUUGGUCAGCUCGCACCAAUGAUCUUAACCAAUGGCUCCAGAUUGAUCUCAUUAACAAGUAUAACAAGGUGACGCGAAUUGCAACACAAGGAAGAAAUGGAGCAGAUCAGUGGGUUACCAAAUACAUGCUUCAAUACAGUAAUGAUCGAGCACACUUCCAAUUUCAUCGGGAAGAAGGAAAAGCUUCCUACAGGGUAUUUACAGGAAACACGGAUCGGGACACAGUUGUCACUCAUCAUCUAAAUCCCCCAAUCAGAGCACAUUACGUACGUUUUCUACCAAAAUCUUGGCACAGACACAUUUCCAUGAGGGUUGAACUUUAUGGAUGUAAAGUAUGUAAUAAACCUUUGGGCAUGGAAGAUGGACGAAUUUCCAAUGGACAAAUUAGUGCCUCCUCAGAGUGGGAUCCCAAUCAUGCCGCCAUCCAAGGCAGGCUGAAUUUUAAGCGACGUGGAGCAAAACAAGGCGCGUGGUCAGCACGUGCAAACAAUGUCAAUCAAUGGCUUCAAGUUGAUCUUGGUUGCCAGUACACCAGAGUGUCACAUGUUGCAACACAAGGAAGGAAUGGAUACAACCAGUGGGUUACAAGAUACAUGCUGCAGCAUGGCAGCAACGAACUACACUUCCUGCACUACAGAGAACAUGGGCAGCCUGACUACAAGGUGUUUGCUGGAAACACCGACCGAGACACUAUCGUUUCGCACCUUCUCAGCUCCCCAGUCUCUGCGCGGUUUAUCCGAUUUCUGCCUACAGCCUGGCAUGGACACAUAUCUAUGAGAGUGGAAAUUUACGGCUGUGGAGGAUGUAAGGACUGUCAUGGCGCCCUCGGUAUGGAGAACCGUGCAAUCUCAGACAGUCGAAUAAGUGCCUCGUCUCAGUGGGACGCAAAUCAUGCCGCAACCCAGGCCAGACUCUUCUAUCAGGCAGCUGGAAACAAACGGGGAGCCUGGUCAGCUCGUACAAAUGAUGCCAACCAAUGGCUUCAAGUCCAACUCCAUACUAUUUAUAAGAUAACAUUUGUAGCGACACAAGGAAGAAAUGGCGUCAACCAGUGGGUAUCAAAAUAUAUGUUGCACUACAGCAAAGAUGGAGAACACUUUCAGUACUACAGAGAGCGAGGACACAAUACGAAUAAGGAAUUUAAUGGAAACGUUGACAGAGACACAGCUGUUUAUCACGAGUUAAAACCACCAAUCACAGCUCGUUAUAUUCAGUUUCAACCUAUGGCUUGGCAUCGCCAUAUAUCCAUGAGAGUAGAAAUUUAUGGGUGUGCAGCUCAAUGUUAUCAUAUGCAUCUCGCAAUUUUGAUACCUAUAGCAUGCAGCAGAGCUCUCGGAAUGCAAACCCAUCAAAUCCCUGACUGGCAAAUCACCUCCUCGUCUCAGUGGGAUGCAAAUCAUGCUGCCAUCCAGGGAAGACUCUUCUUCCAGGCUGCUGGGAACAAACAAGGAGCUUGGUCAGCUAGAAAAAAUGAUAUCAACCAGUGGCUCCAGAUUAAUUUAGGUUGUAACGGCAACACGGUGACACGAGUUGCGACGCAAGGAAGGAACGCAUACAACCAGUGGGUUACAAAAUACGCGCUGCAGUACAGCGGUGACGGGUUACACUUUCACUUCUACAAAGAAAAAGGCCAGUUAAAAAAUAAGGAAUUUCGUGGAAACAACGACCGAGACACUGUUGUUUCCCAUUAUCUGAAUCCCCUGAUCAAGGCACAGUACAUUCGUUUCCGCCCAAUAGCUUGGCACGGUCACAUAUCAAUGAGGGUUGAACUUCAUGGCUGCAGAUCAGAUUCCAAGUGA